UGAUGUAGAUCUGUCAGUGUAGAGGUAGAAGUAUAGCAUUAGCAUUGAAAAUGAAAUCACUACUCAAGCAGUGAUUUUUUCUGGUCCGUAUGUUGUCAUGUGUCUUUCAAUACUAAACGUAUUCAGAGAUAUACGGUGGAUUUGGGGAGAGACUGACAGCCGUCAAGUCAGGAAGGAGUGAAAAUUUCAGAUCUACUCUGCUCUUCAAAUGGUAAUCAUAAAAUAAGGCAUUGCAGUUCUGUUGGGAGACGCAGUUUAAGUAGGGCAGUAAGACGAACCAUGUAAUAUAAGCCUUCACUUUCUGUAACGGUAAAUUACUGAAAAUUGUCAACCGUUUGGAUAUAUAGUUAAAUGACGGAACUGUUGAAGAGUGUUUCAUUGUUUCCUCUCGGAUAUUAAGUCAAAGGACACGAAAUAAAACAGGGGAGCAUUCAAGUUCCAAGGUCCCUCGGUAUAAACAAGAACUUGUAACAAAGCAAAUCACUUUAAUUUAUCUUUCUCCAGACUGAGAGAGGCCAAUGUACUAUCGUUCAAAAACAUAUAUGGUUGCACUUAUGCUGCGAAAAGAGGUAGGAUUUGUCAAGCGUCCCGCUUACGCAUAACAACGUUAACGUCCCAAACGUUUCCGAUCGUUAACGCCCCCCAAUCGAGAGCAACAAUUUAACCUUUAAUAUACAAGCGAAAACGAGUGUGCUCGGAUCUCUCGAAUUUAGAUCAAUGGCAGGUUCAACUAUGUUGCGAUCAGUUACACGGUUCCUGUCCUCUCCUGCAAAGAAUAAUGUCAGGAACAAGGGAAUAAGCUGGCCUUCCCGAAGCAGGAAAACCACAGUUGGUGGAAAGGCUGCAUUCCUGAUUGCUUUGCCUCCCCUGUCUUAUCUUGGAUACAAUGCAUACAGGAGGGCGCAUUGUCUAACUGUGGUCCAUGCUCUUGAUGAAGCUGAGGAGGUAGUGGAGAAAGCAGACUAUCUGUACAGUUGUGGAGAAACAGAGAAACUUCACCAGCUUCUGGUACAGUAUAAGAACAGUGAUGAUGCGGAGUUUCUGUGGAGACUGGCUCGUGCUUCCAGGGACCUGUCCCUGAUGUCCCAUAUUAAACCUGAGGAGAAAAAGAAACUGGCAUACGAAGCUUUGGAGUAUGCCACAAAGGCACUGGAGAAAAAUGAAGCCUGCUUUGCAGCACACAAAUGGUAUGCAGUGUGCCUCAGUGAUGUUGGAGACUAUGAGGGGAUAAAAGUUAAAAUAGGAAAUUCCUAUAUCAUUAAGGAUCAUUUAGAGCGAGCUAUUGAGCUGAAUCCAAAAGAUGCAACAUCUAUCCACAUUCUGGGUUAUUGGUGUUUUGCCUUUGCAGAGUUGCCAUGGUACCAGCGUAAAGUUGCAGCAAUGAUCUUUGCUUCACCUCCUACAGCCACUUAUGAAGAGGCUUUGGCGUUUUUCCUGAAAGCCGAGGAAGUUGAUCCAAACUUCUACAGCAAGAACUUGCUGAUGUUGGGAAAGACCUACAUGAUGCUUAAGGACCAGGAGAAAGCAAUUUUGUGGUUGAGAAAAGCAAAAGACUACCCUGCCCACACAGAUGAAGACAAGCAGGUGCAUAAAGAGGCAGCUGAUCUUCUGAAGAAACUAAAAGGUUGAAGAACUGGACACAAGAAUAACCAGGAUAGAGAAGGGGUGCGAGUGUUUGCUGAAACUCCAGUGCCUUAACUAAUGUUUAUUUCUGGUGCCGUGUGUAAAUUUAACCUUGAAAAUGGGCACAAUAAGUAACAGUCUAUUCCAACUAAUCCGUAAUGGAUUUCAGAUAUGCUAUGUUUUACUUAAUGUUUACAAAUGCAAUGAAGCGUAAAUCAUUUUAAUUACUACUUAAUGUCUGUAUGGUGUGUUGGAAUAAAAAGUAAGGUUGAUAUUUUGAUGUUCCAAAUAUUGGCCGUGACAGAAA